UAUCAAUUGGUUCUUCUAUGCACAUAAUGAAUACGUUCUCUGUAUUCUCUGUACGAGCUUUCAUCCCCCCGCUUACGCGACGCUGUGCCCAUUUCCGACUAUCUCGCAGUUACGCGGUGCAAACUCCCGGAGCUCCGACGCUGGAGGUUUUCUCCCACCAGCAGAAAUGGAUGCAGAAAGAGAGGGCGGCUUCCAAUGUCGAAUCCAGCAGAAAUGUAGACUAUUUGAGGAAUGAAGUUGCUUCACGGCUGUGUGAGAGGUUAAUGGAUAUCAAUCGUCAUUUCCCCAAGGUCCUUGAUCUCGGCGCCAACUCAUGCAAUAUUGCGCACAUGCUCACGUUCCCCUCCGAGGACUCCCCGGACGCAGGACCGCGCUCCAAAAGAGUGGGGACGCUCGUAGCAGCGGAUGCUUCGGAGAAGCUGUUAUAUCGAGAUGCAGACCUGCCCUUCAACAAGGAGGUGAACAUUGAGCGACAUGUGCUCGAUACGCUGGAAACUUUACCCUUCGAAGCAAAUACAUUCGACGCCGUCCUCAGCAGUCUGAGCCUGCACUGGAUCAACGAUCUCCCUUCCGUCCUGGGCCAGAUCAACAACAUCCUCAAGCCGGAUUGUCCAUUCAUCGGUGUGAUGAUGGGCGGCGAUUCCCUGUACGAAUUGCGGACAUCGCUCCAGCUCGCCGAAAUGGAUCGUCGUGGUGGUGUCUCCACGCAUACCUCGCCUCUAGCGGACGUCCGGGACGUGGGCGGCCUGUUACAGCGUGCGGGCUUCAACUUACUCACUGUCGAUGUCGACGACAUCAUUGUUGAUUAUCCCGACUCUUUCGCCCUGAUGAAGGAUCUCCAGGCCAUGGGCGAGUCCAACGCUGUUUUGUCUAGGGAAAAAGGUGCUAUCCAACGCGAUGUUUUGCUUGCAGGAGAAUACAUCUACCGGGAGCUGCAUGGGAAUGAAGAUGGUACUGUACCUGCAACGUUCCGAUUGAUUUACAUGAUUGGCUGGAAGCAUAGCCCGGAUCAGGCGAAGCCGUUGGAGAGGGGCACGGGUAUGUUUAGUAUCAAGGAUUAUUUGGAGCAAGGAAAGAAGCCGGAAGGGGAGCAGAAAUGAGCAGAUUUACAUCUCUAGAAGGUUCAGUUGGCUUCAGGUCGAACGUCGGUAAAAUGCACCAGAGGAUCUUCUAUCAUACUACCACCACAGUCCUAUCCAUGUUCCUGGAGAAGCUGUGCCAUAGACAGGGACCAUCUCGAGAGACGCAAGUCGAUGUGCCUCCUUUUGUUCAAUGCCAUCGUCAGACGGUUCGGCCUCCAAAUAGAAGCGAUCAGAAGACUUUCGAACGCACCAACCUAUCCAUUCGACUGAAACAAACAGCCUCUGUGGAUGGUUAGGUUGAUGUGGUGAAGUUUCUGGACCAACUUCGAAGAUGGUGCAGGGAGUUUGUUGUUGGGUUGGAACGGGGUUCCUAAUGACUAGAGGGUCUUACAUUGAGCCUUUGUCUGUUGAGAAGGAAUUCAAAGCACGAGAAGAGUGGGGGAAUGAUGGUGUAUUCCUGGUACUGCGUUCACGCCGUAGUGGUAGCACUUGCUAUUAACACCCUCAUU